UUCAAGACGAUCAAGUUUCCUUCCCAAGGAACCGUCUUUGACUUUUACAUUGACCCAGAAACAAAGAAAUUUGAGCCUUGGUCCAGGCUUAUCCCCAAAUUUGAAUUUGAUCCAGAAACGCCAUUGCAGGCCUGCCUGGUACACACCAAUGAAACCAUCCGAGUGCGUUACUUCAUGGAUCACCUCUUGGAAAAGCGCAGGCCAAUCAUGCUGGUGGGAAAUGCAGGCACAGGGAAGUCUGUGAUUGUGGGUGAUAAGCUUUCCUCGUUGGAUUCUGAAGAGUACAUGGUGAAGAAUGUUCCUUUUAAUUACUAUACCACUUCUGCCAUGCUGCAAGCUGUCCUUGAGAAACCACUAGAUAAGAAGGCUGGAAGGAAUUAUGGUCCACCUGGAACAAAGAAACUCAUCUAUUUCAUUGAUGACAUGAACAUGCCUGAAGUAGACAGUUAUGGGACAGUUCAGCCUCACACAUUGAUCCGUCAGCAUCUGGACUAUGGGCACUGGUAUGACAGAAACAAGCUGUCCCUGAAGGAAAUCAUGAAUGUGCAGUACGUGUUGUGCAUGAAUCCCACGGCAGGCAGCUUCACUAUCAACCCACGUUUGCAGCGCCACUUCAGUGUAUUUGCCCUUUCAUUUCCUGGGUCAGAUGCUCUAUCCACCAUUUAUAGCACCAUCCUAACACAGCACCUGAAGUGGGGGAACUUCCCUGCGGCUUUACAGAAAUCAUCACAGCAGUUAAUAAAUCUGGCGCUUGCCCUGCACCUGAAAGUUGCUGCAACUUUCCUGCCAACAGCUAUCAAAUUCCAUUACAAUUUCAACCUAAGGGACUUCUCCAAUGUCUUCCAAGGGAUUCUGUUUUCAACCCCUGAAUGUCUGAAGACUCCCCAGGACUUGGUUAAACUGUACCUGCAUGAAUCUAAUCGUGUUUAUCGGGAUAAGAUGGUUGAUGAGAGAGACUUCAGCCUCUUUGAUAAAAUGCAAAUAGAGGCUGUGAAAAAGUACUGUGAAGACAUGGAGGAUACCCUGGAACAGACAAAGAAGAUAAAUAUGUUUUGCCAUUUCGCAAAAGGCAUAGGGGAGCCCAAAUACAUGCCUGUUCAGAGCUGGGAGUCACUGAACCAGCUCUUAGUGGAAGCUUUAGAGAAUCACAAUGAAGUCAACUCUGCCAUGAACUUGGUUCUGUUUGAAGAUGCCAUGUGCCACGUUUGCCGGAUCAACCGUAUCCUGGAAUCUCCCAGGGGGAAUGCAUUGCUGGUUGGUGUCGGAGGAAGCGGUAAGCAGAGUCUGACAAGAUUAGCAGCUUUCAUUAGCUCACUGGAGGUUUUCCAGAUCACCUUGAGAAAAGGCUAUGGGAUCCCUGACCUGAAGGUAGACUUAGCCGCGCAGUACAUUACAGCAGGAGUGAAGAAUGUGGGUACUGUCUUUCUGAUGACAGAUGCUCAAGUGGCCGAUGAGAGGUUUUUAGUGCUAGUAAAUGACUUGCUAGCUUCAGGAGAAAUUCCUGAUCUUUUCCCAGAUGAUGAAGUUGAAAAUAUUAUCAGUAAUGUGAGGAAUGAAGUAAAAGCCCAAGGACUGAUGGACACCAGGGAGGCUUGCUGGAAAUUCUUCAUUGAUCGAGUUAGACGACAGCUCAAGGUUGCUCUUUGCUUUUCCCCUGUGGGAAAUAAAUUGAGAGUUCGCAGUCGGAAGUUCCCAGCCAUUGUAAACUGUACAGCGAUAGAUUGGUUCCAUGAGUGGCCCCAAGAGGCUCUGGAGUCCGUCAGCUUGCGCUUCUUGCAAGGGACAGAAAAUAUUGAGGCUCCAGUGAAAGAAUCUAUCAGUAAGUUCAUGGCUUACGUGCACACCAGUGUGAAUGGGAUGUCCCGUUCUUACCUGAGUAAUGAACGUCGCUAUAACUACACCACUCCUAAGUCAUUUUUGGAGCAAAUCAAACUGUAUCAGAAUUUGCUGCUUAAAAAGAGGAAAGAACUGACAGCAAGGAUGGAGCGGCUGGAGAAUGGUCUGCAGAAGCUCAGCAGCACCUCGGCCCAGGUGGAUGAUCUAAAAGCAAAACUGGCAGCCCAAGAAGUGGAGCUGAAACAAAAGAAUGAGGAUGCAGACAAGCUGAUCCAGGUGGUAGGCAUAGAGACAGAGAAAGUGAGCAAGGAGAAAGCCAUUGCUGAUGACGAGGAACAGAAGGUGGCCUUAAUUACCCAAGAGGUCCAGCAGAAGCAGAGAGACUGUGAGGAGGACUUGGCAAAAGCUGAACCUGCUCUUGCUGCCGCCCAGCAAGCUCUUAACACACUCAAUAAGACCAAUCUGACAGAGCUGAAGUCAUUUGGAUCACCGGUCUCUGCUGUCAGCAAUGUCACUGCUGCCGUAAUGGUGCUCAUGGCUCCGGGUGGGAAGGUCCCUAAGGAUAGAACCUGGAAAGCAGCCAAGGUGGCCAUGUCAACGGUGGAUAGCUUCCUGGACUCCUUGGUCAACUUCAACAAAGAGAACAUACAUGAGAACUGCCUUCGAGCCCUGCAGCCCUACCUGCAGGAUCCACAGUUCAAUCCUGAGUUUGUGACAUCCAAGUCCUAUGCAGCUGCUGGCCUCUGCUCCUGGGUCAUCAACAUUGUGCGCUUCUAUGAAGUGUAUUGUGAUGUGGAGCCCAAGCGCCAGGCCCUCAACAAAGCAAAUGCUGAGCUGGCUGCUGCUCAAGAAAAGCUGGCUAGCAUAAAGGCCAAAAUUGUGCACCUUAAUGAAAACUUGGCAGUACUUACAGCCAAAUUUGAAAAGGCCACAGCAGAGAAGCUGAAAUGCCAGGAAGAAGCUGAAGCCACCGCCAAGACUAUUACCCUUGCAAAUCGACUGGUUGGUGGCCUUGCCUCUGAAAAUGUGAGAUGGGCUGAAUCUGUCAAAGAUUUCAAGAUUCAAGAGAGUGCAUUGUGUGGAGAUGUCUUACUGAUUACAGCCUUUGUCUCCUACUUGGGUUACUUCACCAAGAAGUACAGGCAGGAUUUGAUUGAUAGUGUUUGGAAACCAUACUUGCGCCAGCUGAAGCAUGAUUUGGUGACUUGUUAUGGAAUGGCAUUUAAUGAAUAUGAGAAAAUGAUGUCGUCAGUUACAGUGCCAGGAGCAUCACAUAGAAGUGAGCAAGCCCUUUCAUAUGGAGUUAGAUUCAUAAAUGGACAGUGUUUCAUAAAUGUAUAUCUGGACAUGAUUGAACAGGCUCUUGCUGCUGGUGAAGUUGUUCUUAUUGAAAACUUGGAAGAAUCUGUUGACCCAGUCCUAGGUCCAUUGCUUGGUCGAGAGACCAUCAAAAAAGGAAGGUACAUUAAAAUUGGAGAUAAGGAAUGAAUACAACCCCAAUUUCCAUUUAAUACUUCAUACAAAGCUAGCAAACCCCCAUUACCAACCAGAAAUGCAGGCUCAGUGUACCUCAUCAACUUUACAGUGACUCAGGAUGGCCUGGAAGACCAACUAUUAGCAGCAGUUGUCAGUAUGGAGAGGCCUGACCUAGAAGAGCUAAAGUCUAAUCUCACGAAGCAGCAGAAUGGAUUCAAAAUAACUCUGAAGACUUUGGAGGACAACCUACUGUCCCGCCUCUCCUCUGCUUCAGGGAACUUCCUAGGAGACAUAGCCUUGGUAGAAAAUCUGGAAGUCACCAAACAGACAGCUGCAGAAAUUGAAGAAAAGGUCCAGGAGUCCAAGGUGACAGAAACAAAGAUUAAUGAAGCAAGGGAGCAUUACCGACCUGCAGCAGCCCGGGCUUCCUUGCUAUACUUCAUUAUGAAUGAUCUCAAUAGCAUCCAUCCCAUGUACCAGUUUUCUCUGAAGGCAUUCAGUGUUGUCUUCCAGAAAGCUGUCGAAAAAGCUGCCGUGAAUGAAAACCUCAAAGAACGAGUAGCCAACCUUAUUGACAGCAUUACCUUCUCUGUGUUCCAGUAUACAACCCGAGGUCUGUUUGAAUGUGACAAACUGACUUAUACAGCUCAGAUCACUUUCCAGAUACUUCUGAUGAAUAAAGAAAUUAACACCAUGGAACUUGAUUUCCUGCUACGAUAUCCUGCCCAACCAGGAGUCACCAGUCCAGUAGAGUUUUUGUCUAAUCAAUCAUGGGGUGGUGUUAAGGCUCUGUCAUCCAUGGAACAAUUUCGCAAUUUGGAUCGGGACAUUGAGGGUUCUGCCAAACGAUGGAAGAAGUAUGUGGAGUCUGAAUGUCCAGAAAAGGAAAAGUUUCCACAGGAAUGGAAAAACAAGUCAGCUUUGCAGAAGCUGUGUAUGAUGAGAGCCAUACGACCUGACCGUAUGACAUAUGCUGUCCGAGAUUUUGUGGAAGAGAAGCUGGGGAGUAAAUAUGUGGUAGGAAGAUCUCUGGAUUUUGCAACAUCAUUUGAGGAGUCGGGACCUGCAACCCCCAUGUUUUUUAUCCUCUCACCUGGAGUUGACCCCCUGAAGGAUGUAGAAAAACAUGGGAAGAAACUUGGCUACACAUUUAAUAACAGGAAUUUCCAUAAUGUCUCACUUGGGCAAGGUCAGGAGGUAGUGGCGGAGCAGACCUUAGACCUGGCUGCAGCGGAGGGACAUUGGGUUAUCCUUCAGAACAUCCACCUGGUGGCCAAGUGGCUGAGCUCUCUGGAAAAGAAGUUGGAGCAGCACAGUGAAGGCAGUCAUCUGGAAUUCCAUGUCUUCAUAAGUGCAGAACCUGCAGCUUCACCUGAGGGUCAUAACAUUCCUCAAGGGAUCCUGGAGAACUCCAUCAAAAUCACAAAUGAGCCCCCAACAGGAAUGCAUGCCAAUCUCCACAAGGCUCUGGACAAUUUCAGUCAGGACACCCUGGAGAUGUGUACUCGUGAGAAUGAGUUUAAGAGCAUCCUUUUUGCCCUGUGCUACUUUCAUGCUGUGGUGGCAGAAAGGCGCAAGUUUGGACCGCAAGGUUGGAACCGUCUGUAUCCCUUCAAUACGGGAGAUCUCACCAUUUCAGUCAAUGUUCUGUACAAUUACUUAGAGGCUAGUUCAAAGGUACCCUAUGAUGACCUGCGAUACCUCUUUGGAGAGAUCAUGUAUGGAGGACAUAUCACAGAUGACUGGGACAGGCGCCUCUGUAAGACCUAUCUGGAGGAAUUCAUUAAGCCUGAAAUGUUGGAGGGAGAAUUUUUGCUAGCUCCAGGAUUUCCCCUCCCGGGAAACAUAGACUACAAUGGUUAUCACCAGUAUAUAGAUGACGCCUUGCCUGCCGAAUCUCCAUACCUUUAUGGCCUCCACCCCAAUGCAGAAAUUGGUUUCUUGACCCAAACCUCAGAAAAGCUGUUCCGGACCAUUUUGGAGCUGCAGCCUCGGAACACCAGCUUAGGUGAAGGUGCAGGGACUACCCGGGAAGAGAAGGUGAAAGCACUGCUGGAUGACAUCAUGGAGAAGCUGACUGAUGAGUUUAACAUUCCAGAGCUGAUGGCCAAGGUGGAAGAGAGGACACCGUACAUUGUUGUGGCAUUCCAGGAGUGUGAACGAAUGAAUCUCCUGACUAGUGAGAUCCGGCGGUCCCUGAGGGAGCUGGACCUGGGGUUAAAGGGUGAAUUAACCAUGACCAGUGAUAUGGAGACCCUGCAAAAUUCCAUCUUCUUAGACACAGUGCCUGAGUCCUGGACCAGGAGGGCUUAUCCUUCCAUGGCUGGUCUCUGCAGCUGGUUUGCUGACCUUCUCAGUCGUAUCAAGGAGCUGGAGACGUGGACAGGGGACUUCAUGCUUCCAUCUGUGGUGUGGUUGGCAGGUUUUUUCAACCCCCAGUCUUUUUUGACAGCCAUAAUGCAGUCCAUGGCUCGAAAGAAUGAGUGGCCACUGGACAAAAUGACCCUGCAGUGUGAUGUGACCAAAAGAAAUCGUGAGGAUUUUACCAGCCCGCCACGGGAAGGAGCAUAUGUCCAUGGCUUGUUCAUGGAGGGUGCACGCUGGGAUAUGCAGGCAGGUUUAAUUGCCGAUGCCCGCCUGAAGGACCUGACUCCAUCCAUGCCAAUUAUUUUCAUCAGAGCCAUCCCUGUUGAUAAACAAGACAACCGCAAUGUGUACCCUUGCCCUGUAUAUAAAACCCGCCAACGAGGCCCAACCUAUGUCUGGACCUUUAACCUGAAGACUAAAGAGAAACCUUCCAAGUGGGUUUUAGCAGGAGUAGCACUCCUCCUACAAAUUUAGACUCCAACUCAAACACCCUUUCCCCUGAAGAUACCAGCCACAGAUGCAGGCGAAACAUCAGGAGAAAACCAGCAACACUUCCAAAAAAAAAAAAGCUACUGUGCCUUCUUUUGGAUAUUUUCACAAAUUGAAUUAACUCAAGGCUGGUUCACAUCGGUACUGUUCAAAAGUGACCUUGAAUGUGUAGACAACCUUUAUAUGGGUGUCGAGUAAUUCUUGUGGUAUGUUAAAUGCAUGUAUAGCUCAACAUAAUGUAUAACAUAAACCCCACAUUUAUCCAUGUACUGUGUAGCCAACCUAAGACCUGUAGCAGCGCAGAGAGUGAGAGAGAGAGUCUUUCUCCUGGAAUGCUGCUCUGUCUGACCUGGCAUAACAGUGUCCUGAAAUGUAUAAGUCUGUUUCAGAAACUUCAUAUUGGGACUGUGUCUGGCAAGAGUGCCUCAAGGGCUUCCCCCCAUACCCACAACUUCAUGCCUGGCCCAUACUCAGGAAAUAACAUUUGAAUAUGGAAAACAGCACCACCUGGGCGAGACCAGUUCUUUUGUAUUUGUCUCUUAAUCUACUCAAGAGUCUUCUGUGACUCAUCUCCUUGUGACCAUAUAUGUUGCAAAACCCAUUAAGGGUUGUCACCUGCUUUGUCCAACACCUGGCAAAAUCCCAUCAAAGAUAAUGGGUCAUCAGCUCAAUGGUCAGAUACUCAAGACCAUUACCUCACCUUGGAACAGCAGGAAAAAUCCUUUCUGAAAAGGAUUACAUUUGCCCAAGACAUGCUUUUGUCCUAUAAAAGCAUGUCUCAGACCCCAGUCAGUUGUUCAAUAUUAUCACGCCACCAUGGUGGUUGGUAAUAUUGUUCUAUUAGCAUUGAUCAUCCAGAGCCUAGUCAUCAGGUCUCUGUUUCCGGGUCAUCACCUACAAGACUGGUAAUAUAAACUUUGAUAUCCCAUCCCUUCUCUCUCUAUAUCCAAAACCUGUCUUUCACCUCUAAAUUAUAUCCUAGGAACCCUUGAAUGUGGUUUUUUUUACCCCAGUUAUUGAGUGAUAUAGCGAUCAAGGUACCCAACGCUCCUCAAGCAACUCUAAGGGACAUUGUGCUCUAUAGCUAAUUUCUCCAACCAAAGAGGGUUGUUGUGUCCCACCAUUUUGGGUAACAACUGGGUUGUAAAGUAAUCAGUUGUAAAGUGACCAUGCAUUGGCUAUUUCUUAUAAACAAAGGUACACAUAUAACAUGUGAAGUGGGCUAAGAUGAAUACACCAUCCCAUUGUAGCAUGGGAGGGGAGCUGUAGUUCAGUGGUAGAGCAUCUGCUUGGCAUGCUGAAGGUCCCAGAUUCAAUCCCCAACAUCUCCAGUUAAAGGAUCUGGCAGUAGGUCAUGGGAAAGGCCUCUGCCUGAGACCCUGGAAAGCCUCUGCCAAUCUGAGUAGAGAGUACUGACUUUGAUGGACCAAGGGUCUGAUUAAGUAUAAAGCAGCCUUACGUGACCAUGUGAACUUGCAUUCAUGAAUGAGCCAUCAGAGUUCAUGAAUCACUGGAACAGAUAAAGGUUCCAUAUUAGUAUUACCUCAGUCACAAAGUAGGGUGGAUUUGAUUUAAAUCAAAUCAAUUUACAUCACAAUUUAAUUCACUAGUUAGUAAGACUAAACUUAAAUCAUUGUUUUCUGCAAAAGUUUUCAUCAUGUUGUUUCAUUUCAGGCCACCAAGCCUUUGCAUUUCUUUGCUGUGGUGUUUGCAAACGUGGCUGCCUUACCCCAUAGGUAAAGGAAGUUCAUUAAAAUGUUCCCAAAUCA